CUACAUGUCGCUAGCUUUCGCUCUGGCGUCGGCCACGGCGGCGCUCAUGCACGCAACUUCGGUCUCGCGGCAGUGCGCUGUCGGCCGCGCCAGCAGCGCUCGCCUCGUCGAAGCCGCUCCGCCGCCCGGCUUUGUCUGGGCGACCGAUGACGGCGCUGAUGCCGGCAGGCCUGCUGCCGGCGGGCCGGACUGGGGCGGCGAUCUGGCGGCCGAGGCUCGCAUCGCCGUUCGGUGCGUCCAGCGGGCGAUGCAGCUUUGCCAGGCGCUCGCUUGCGACAUGCGCGUCGUCGAUUCCGAGGCGAGCGGCAAGGAGAUGGACGAGUGCGACGUCACGGCGGGCGUCUCCUUCAUCAAGGCCGGAGACUCGACGCCCGUCACGGCGGCAGACUUUGCCAUCCAGGGCCUCAUCUCGCAGGAGCUCGGGCGCGCCUUCCCCGCCGACCGCUUCAUGGGCGAGGAGGACGCGGGUGACUUGCGUGAGGACGCCGCGCUGCGCAGCCUCGCGCUGCGGCUCUCGUCGCAGUACGGCGGAGAGCCUGACGAGGCCGCCUUCCUCGCCUCGGUCGACCGCGGGCUCGAGCCGCCGCGAGGCACGGGAGAGCGCUGCUGGGUGCUCGACCCGAUCGACGGGACCAAGGGCUUCAUGACGGGCCAAAACUACGUGGUCGGGCUCGCGCUCGUCGACGGGGACGGAGAGGCGCUGGUCGGCGUGAUGGGCGUGCCUGCCGAGGAGGAGGUGCCUCCCAUCAUGGCCGCCGUGCGGGGGCGCGGGCCUCUCGUGGCGCGCGGCAUGCUCUCGGGAGCACACCGGCCAGUGACACGUCCCCCGGACGCGUCCCUCAGGCACGGCCUCACGUGGUGGCGUGCCGGCGGCGACGCGCCCGUGGAGCAGGAGGCGGCGCCUCGCCCCGCUUGGGCGGACGGAGGGGCGGCGCCCCCGUGGCUCAUCUCGCCGCAGCGGGCCUUUGCCGAGUGCCAGCCGUUCGGCGCGGCGCACCCGCCGUCGGAGCUCAAGUCCUGGGACCACGCGUGCGGCCUCAUCUGCGUCGAGGAGGCGGGCGGGAGCGCCUCCGACUGCGAGGGAGGCCGCGUCGCCUUCCCCGGCCGCACCUUCCGCGUUCAGGGCGGCGUCGUGUGCUGCUCGCGGUGGGCGAGCGAGGAGGUGAGGCGGCGGCUGCUGGGGGCGGCGACGCGCCGGUGACGAGCCACGGGCGCCUCUCUGCUCUCUCUGGUUGGAGCGGUGGCAGACGGAGACGCUCUCAGGUGGGCGACCUGUUAGGUCGUCGGGUUUUUUUGCGGUUCAUUGCAGAGGUUUAAUCGGAUAAGAA